CUGAUCACAUACACUAGUUAUAGAAACUCGAUUCCACAAAAAAAAAAAAAGAACAAGUUGGUAUUUAGGCCAAAAUCAAGAAAGCAAAACUCCACCAAAAUUCUGAAAAUCAAGAAAAUGGAUCUAGACUCUCUUCUUCCUCUUCAGCUCCCAAUCAUCGAUUUCUCCGAUCAGAACUUAACACCAGGAACCUCAAAGUGGGAUGAAGUGAAGUCUGAUGUCCGUAAAGCGUUAGAAGACUACGGCUGUUUCCAAGCUUUCGUUGACAAAGUGUCAAACAUAGACCUUGACAAGUCUGUUUUUGAAGCCAUGGAAGAGCUAUUCGAUUUGCCGGUUCAGACCAAACAGAGAAACGUGUCGUCUAAACCGUUUCAUGGGUAUUUAAGUCACAAUCUUUACCAGAGUUUAGGGAUUGAAGAAGCUAACGUUGCAGAGAAAGUCAACGACUUUACUCGGCAGCUUUGGCCUGAUCAUGGAAACAAGAGUUUUAGUGAGACGAUGCACAAGUUCUCGAAGCAGUUAGUGGAGUUGGAUGUGAUGGUGAGAAGAAUGAUAAUGGAGAGUUUUGGAGUAGAUAAGUACCUUGACGAACAUCUGAACUCUACAAACUAUCUUUUCCGAAUGAUGAAGUACACAGCACCUCCUGAUGACGAUGUAGAAGAGACAAAGUUAGGUUUACGUUCUCAUACCGACAAGAACAUCCUCACGAUACUUCAUCAGUAUGAAGUUGAUGGUUUGGAAAUUAAGACCAAAGACGAAAAAUGGAUCGAAGUGAAGCCAUCUCAACAUUCUUUCAUCAUCAUGGUUGGAGAUUCUCUCUGUGCACUUUUGAAUGGUAGAUUGUAUUCUCCAUAUCAUAGAGUCUUGAUGAUGGCAAACAAAACAAGGUAUUCGACAGCAAUGUUCUCUAUUCCAAAUCCAGGAGUUAUCAUAGAUUCACCCGAAGAACUUGUCGACGAAGAACAUCCUCGUAUGUUCAAACCCUUUGAGUAUAUUGAUUUCCUUAACUUCUUUCACUCGGAAGCUGGUCGUAGAGUUGAAUCUACUCUCCAUGCUUUUUGUGCUCUCUGAAACAUUUAAACUUUUAUUCACAAUAAUUAAUGUAAUGACUUCAAAUUUUAUGGUAUAAGUUUUGCCCCUUUUUCUUUU